CACUACUCACCACACAGCAAUCACCCCAAAGUCACGUAUUCACUGCAAGACUUGCUCACAGCUUCACUCUCAAGCUACACCAGACACUUCAGACACUCUGCCAUCCUCACCACAACUUCCUCUUUGCCACUCCCCACCCAAACAAACCAAAAUGCCAUCCAACUUUCAACUCGUUGAGCCUCACCCAAGCGUUAACCACUACGCACACGCAGGACGCGGAGGAGCUGGCAACUACUUCAAGGCGCCAAAGACCUCCAACGGCAGCACUGCUCGUGGCCCUGCCUCUCUCUUCGAGAACGGGCUGCCAAAGAGCAAGUCCAAGUUCAGCAGCGGCCGUGGAGGAGCAGGCAACAUCCACAGCCCUUCCGAGCGUGCCAUCUUCUCUUUUGAUGAGGAGUUGCAACUCCAGAAGACUCGCGAGGAGAAGAUGAAGGACGGAGCUGUCUACCAUAUUGGACGCGGAGGAGCCGGCAACUGGUCCUCCACUCGCCCAGAGACAUCCCGCAAGGACUCAUCCAGCUCUUCGGACAGCAAUGGCAGCGUACGAAGUGGAUUCUUCGGUCGCUUGAGCCACACCCUCGAUCGUCGCUAGAUCAUUUUCUCUUGACUCCUACGGUUCAGCGAACGGCGCUCGGCUUUCAAUCAUCAUGGGCGGCAUCAUUCAAGCGGGCUGGUUCUGACUCCCGCAUGAUUUCAUAAGGAUACUUUUUUUUCUACACGGCGCAACAUCAAAACAUAAGAAAAGCGACAGGCGUAUGCAUCAUCAUCAUCAUCACGGCGUUCAUCUCUGGUCAUGGUUCCACAUUGGGUGUUACAUAGGUUUUGAAUUUGCGGAACGGAAAACGAAACAUAGCUUGGGACCUCAGGAUGGAAGAACUUUCUGGCUGGCAUGACUCCGGAUUUUCCUGUCCUGGUGAUUUUUAUUGAAUCUCUUCCUUUGUCAGCGGCGACACAGCGACAGCGAUGGAUAUACCCCAACUCUUUUGAUAUACCCGACAAUCUUGUUGUCAUUGUACUGUAUUUUGAAGAACUUUGUUCCGAUUUAGGGAUGAAUUUUGGUCUCUGGAUGGGCAUAAGAUAGCAGAUAGUAAUAAAAGAUGAGAAAUCUUCCA